AGCGCCGUCGCUGUCCCUGGGUACCGAAUGUGAGUGAUCUGAACCCGCAUAGGACUGCUGCUGCUCUCUGUUGUCCAAACCCGGAGCCUUUUGGCAGUAAAGUCGCUCACCGCUUCUGGGGCCUACCAUGAGACGCUUGGGCUCUGUGCAGCGGAAAAUGCCCUGUGUGUUUGUGACGGAGGUGAAAGAUGAGCCUUCCGCCAAAAGGGAGCAUCAGCCAUUUAAAGUUUUGGCAACUGAAACUGUAAGUCACAAGGCAUUAGAUGCAGAUAUAUACAGUGCAAUUCCAACAGAAAAAGUGGAUGGAACAUGUUGUUAUGUUACUACCUACAAAGAUCAGCCAUAUCUUUGGGCUCGACUAGAUAGAAAACCCAACAAAAAAGCUGACAAAAGAUUUAAAAAUUUUCUACAUUCCAAAGAAAACUCAAAAGAAUUUCUUUGGAAUGUUGAGGAGGAUUUCAAACCUGUUCCGGAGUGCUGGAUACCAGCAAAGGAAAUAGAACAAUUAAAUGGAAAUCCAGUACCUGAUGAAAAUGGACACAUUCCUGGUUGGGUACCGGUGGAGAAAAACAACAAACAGUAUUGCUGGCAUUCCUCUGUAGUUAAUUAUGAAUUUGAAAUUGCUCUGGUACUAAAGCAUCAUCCGGAUGAUCCUGGACUUUUGGAAAUUAGUGCAGUGCCACUGUCGGAUCUCUUAGAACAAACAUUGGAGCUUAUAGGAACAAAUAUCAAUGGAAACCCCUAUGGGUUAGGAAACAAGAAACAACCAUUGCAUCUUCUUGUACCACAUGGAGCAUUUCAAAUAAGAAAUUUGCCUACAUUGAAGCACAGUGAUCUGUUGUCCUGGUUUGAAGGUUGCGAAGAGGGUAAAAUUGAAGGAAUAGUAUGGCAUUGCCAUGAUGGCUGCUUAAUUAAGGUUCAUCGCCAUCAUCUUGGUUUAUGCUGGCCAAUUCCAGAUACUUAUAUUAAUUCAAAACCUGUUAUUAUCAACAUGAACCUGAACAAAUAUGACUAUGCCUUUGAUGAUACGAAGUGUUUGUUUAGUCAUUUUUCAAAAAUAAAUAAUCAAAAAUUUGGUAGGCUCAAAGACAUAAUAUUUGAUGUAAAAUGAAAAUGUAAUUAAAAUUACCUUUGUAUGUUCAAAUCUUGAAUAUUCUGCCAUGUUAAAAGGUAAAACUGAGAUUUACUGUUGUGUACUAUGAAACAUCAGUGUCUUCUGGCAUUUGAAGAAAUUAAUUUUCCAUUUGGAAAUACCUAUUCAAAUUUUUAUUUAGAAUCAACACAUUAAUUUUAACCUCUGGGCAUAAAAAUGUAAAAAUGAACAGUAUGCUCCCCAAGCUUGUAUAACUUGAUUCUGUCCAAUGUAACUGGGUGGUUAAAUUUAAAGGCAACAAUUAAACCCGUAAUUUUUUUUUUUUUAAUCAAUACUUUAAAUACCUUGAGCUCAAUUUAAUCUUCCUAGACAUUUAACAAAAUGUAUGUUUUAAUCUUAAAACUUAAUGGUUGUAUGUACAGAUCAUAGUAUUUGACAAUCUUAAAUAACUGUUAAAUAUGUAUAAAUUCAAAAAUAUAUUUUUCUAAUAAGUUGAAAAUUUUCUAUAAUUUACUAAAACUUCCAAUUUAAGUAAAAGGAGAACAUAUUGAGAAGGAAAGUCUUUAGUUCACGGAUUUGCUUGAUUACAGAUGAAACUUAUAUAAUUAAUCAAAAGCUAAAUACAUUAACAUGAGGCCUUCAAUAAAUGGGGAAAUUAACAGGACUUUCUUCGUCUUCAGACUGUUCAGAAGAAGUAGCAACAGGGCUACUUAAUUCAACUCCAAAUUGUUCAGAAAGUUUUUUUAACUUCUCUUCUAAGAGAAUAUUUUUUUUCACUUCUUCUUUGUAAUUAUA